AUGUAUGGACGCUACACACAGGACCUGGGCACCUUCGCCAAGGAUGAGGCGGCCCGGCUGCGACUGCAACAGGGGCACAGGGAGGGGGGCUUCCCCCGGCUGCGCCGCCCCUCCGAGCUGCUGGAGUACACCCAGGGCCGCUGUGCCCCCUGCCUCUGCACCUUGCAGUGCCAGCGGUUCCUCAUCUCCAAGGUGGGUGAGGAUUGGGUCUUCCUCAUCCUUCUGGGGCUGGUCAUGGCACUGGUCAGCUGGGCCAUGGACUUUGCCAUCGCCACUUGCCUCCAAGCCCAGAAGUGGAUGUACGGAGGCCUGGACACCAACGUGUUGCUGCAGUACCUGGCCUGGGUCACCUAUCCCACUGUGCUCAUCACCUUCUCAGCUGGCUUCACCCAGAUCCUCGCACCCCAGGCUGUCGGCUCCGGGAUCCCUGAGAUGAAGACCAUCCUGCGGGGCGUUGUGCUGAAGGAGUACCUCACCUUCAAGACCUUUGUGGCCAAGGUGAUCGGGCUGACGUGUGCCCUGGGCAGCGGCAUGCCCCUAGGCAAGGAGGGUCCCUUUGUUCACAUUGCCAGCAUGUGCGCAGCCCUGCUCAGCCGCUUUCUCUCCCUCUUUGGGGGCUUCUACGAGAAUGAGGCGAGGAACAUCGAAAUGCUGGCGGCCGCCUGUGCCGUCGGUGUUGGCUGCUGCUUCGCCGCCCCUAUUGGAGGCGUCCUCUUCAGCAUCGAGGUCACCUCCACCUUCUUUGCUGUCCGCAACUACUGGCGAGGCUUCUUUGCUGCCACCUUCAGUGCCUUCAUUUUCCGUGUCCUUGCUGUCUGGAACAAGGAUGAAGAGACCAUCACAGCACUGUUCAAGACCCGCUUCCGCCUCGACUUCCCCUUCGACCUGCAGGAGCUUCCCGCCUUCGCUGUCAUCGGAAUUGCCAGUGGCUUCGGGGGUGCGCUCUUCGUCUACCUCAACCGCAAGAUCGUGCAAUUCAUGCGCCGCCAGAAGACCAUCAACCGCUUUCUCAUGAAAAAGCGCCUGCUCUUCCCUGCCUUGGUGACACUGCUCAUCUCUACACUGACUUUCCCGCCCGGCUUUGGACAGUUCAUGGCUGGCCGGCUCACCCAGAAGGACACUCUGGUGACACUCUUCGACAACCAAACGUGGGCCAAGCAGGGGAUCAGCGAUGAGUUUGAGUACUUGGGCAUCCUGGAGGCCUGGCGCCAUCCCCGCUCCAACGUCUUUGUCACUCUUGUUGUCUUCAUUCUCAUGAAGUUCUGGAUGUCAGCCCUGGCCACCACCAUCCCAGUGCCCUGUGGAGCCUUCAUGCCUGUCUUUGUCAUUGGGGCAGCCUUUGGGCGCCUGGUGGGGGAGAGCAUGGCAGCCUGGUUCCCUGAUGGUAUCCAUGCUGACAGCAACAUUUACCGCAUCGUGCCAGGGGGCUAUGCCGUGGUGGGGGCUGCUGCGCUGUCGGGCGCUGUCACCCACACAGUGUCUACGGCUGUCAUCGUCUUUGAGCUGACGGGGCAAAUCUCUCACAUCCUGCCUGUCAUGAUUGCUGUCAUCCUGGCCAACGCUGUGGCCCAGAGCCUCCAGCCCUCCCUCUACGACAGCAUCAUCCGCAUCAAGAAGCUGCCAUACCUGCCCGAGCUGGGCUGGGGCCACCAUGAGAAAUACAACGUGCGGGUGGAGGACAUCAUGGUCCGCGACAUCCGCUACGUCACCCUCAACUGCAAGUACCGGGACCUGCAACACAUCCUGCACAGCACAAAGAUGAAGAGCCUGCCUCUGGUGGAGUCGGCUGAGUCCAUGAUCCUGCUGGGCUCCAUCGAGCGGGCGCAGGUGGGGGCCCUGCUCAGCCACCAGCUCAGCCCCCAGCGCCGGCUCCAGGCCCUGCGGCAGAAGGCGCUGAGCCGCGCUGCAUCCCGCAAGCCCCUGAAGCCGGCGCUGAAGCGGGUGCCCAGCGGCACAGUCGAGACGCCCCCAGCCGGCACCACUGACCACUCCGGCAUUGCCCUCAAGAGCCUCUUCUGUGCCAACACCGCUGCAGAGCCCACCGAGGCCCAGGGCACGGCCUAUCGCAAGGCCAAACACGUCCGCAUUUCCAUCACGGAGGAGAUGGAUCUGGGUGACAGGAUGACCCCGGCGGAGAUCUUGGACUGGGAGGAACAGCAGCUGGACCAGCUAGUGGACUUCAGCAGUGCCAAGAUCGACCCCGCACCCUUCCAGCUGGUGGAGCACACAUCCCUGCAUAAGACCCACACCAUCUUCUCGCUGCUGGGGCUGGACCAUGCGUACGUCACCAGCAUCGGGCGCCUGGUGGGCAUGGUGUCCCUCAAGGAGCUGCGCAAGGCCAUCGAGGGCUCACUGACGGGCAAGGGGGUGAAGGUGCGCCCGCCGCUCGCCAGCUUCCGCGACAGCCAGGUUUCCACCCCAUCUCUUGGGGCUUCCCACUUGGGUAUCUCUGCCUCCCACCCCCAGUGCCUCCCAGCACUGCUGCCACCCUCACCCAUCCCCCCACUACAGGCACCCUGA